AUGGAUUGUGGGAAUCUUCUGGAAAGCUCUACACUCAGACAAGAUCUGGAGGAGUAUGAGCAACUGCACAAAGCUGCAAAGAGACCCAGGGUGCAGGAGCAUCUCUUGAAGGAAAUAGACAGAGUCAGAAGAGAAGUCCUGUCCCUGGAGAGCAAGAAGGCGAACAAACCAGCCGUUGAGGGUUUUGAUCAGACCAAACAAUAUAUGGAGCUCUAUCUGUCCCUGGACAAUCUCAGUGAAAUCAGUGAUGGAGACAUUGAAGCUAACUUCACAAACAGAUCUGUUACAGUGAAGGUUCACUAUCCCAACAAAAUUUGCCAACUGCAGAUAGCACGACUAUGUGAAGACAUUGUUCCAGAAGAUUCUUACUGUAAGAAAAAGUCCAAGCAUGUGGUGGUGUAUCUGAAGAAAACUGAAGUAGGGAAGACAUGGGCAACGCUCACAGAACGAGAGAAGAAGGCGAAAGAGAAAAAAGACAU